UUCACCGACGACAGUUUGUCGUUACGAGAACGGUUCGCAGCGGGGAUUUACAUUUGCAGUUUCGCGUGAACCUAAAAUGGCCGAGCGUCGGGCUGUGAUCUGCAGCUUACUCCUUAUUGCGCUCACCCCACCGUGCACGGCUGCCCCUUCGGACCCAUGCGACAUCCAAGCCUUGGACAAAUGCGCGGCCGACCUGUUCGUGUUCGCCACGAGAAACACAGUUCCGGAAUCGGAAGCUGACCUGGAAUCCUUCUGCAAGUCUCAGCUCGAUGCGGAGGUCUGCAGCCGUGCUUACGUCAAGAGGUGCUCGAGCAGCGUGGCUCAGGGGGUGGGCAACAUCUUUCUGGACGACGUCAAGACGGAGAUCGAGCAACGCUGCGACAAGACGACCGAUUACCACAAAGAGUACAUCAAGCACGCCCCCUGCCUGAACAAAGUGGGCUCUAAGUUCAACACCUGCAUCAAGAACACCAUUGCUGACAUGGACGUCGCCUCGAGGUUGGAGCCCAGACAUAGGAUCGCGGGCGCCUGCUGCCAGUACAGCAAACUGGAGGAUUGCGUGAGUGACGCCGUCGGCGGAGCCUGUCCCCAGGAGACGCUCGACUUCGCCAAGAACGUUCUGAAGCGCUACGCCGGCGAGCUGCUGGGCACGGUGUGCGUGGGAUUCCAGAAUAAAGAGAAGUGCAAGGGGAUCAAGUACGACGACAAACCGGGAGACGCCAGCCUGCGCUCUGUGCUCACGCCUCUCAUCAAAGUGGGCGCCGCUCUACAAGGCUGACAGCACGUUGUGCCUGUUACUUUUCGCCGGAUUAGACGCCAAUAAAUCGAACUUAGACCAUGAUGCCA